AUGGCGAGCUCCAUUAUUGAACCUUUUCCAGUUGAGGGAAUACUGCCUAAAAAAGAAACUGGAGCUACUUCGUUUUUAACGAAAUAUCCAGAUUAUGAUGGCCGUGGCAUUAUUAUUGCAGUUUUGGAUACUGGUGUUGAUCCCGCUGCUCCUGGACUACAGGUUUUAUUAUUAUAUCAUUUAUUUUAUACACAACCUAUUAACGAUAACAACAAUUGAAUUGAAUUAGUUCAGAAUUAGGCUUAGCCUGUCUUUGGCCAACUCACCUUGUAUUUAUAGUUUGAAUUUAAAGACCCUGUUAUUCACAUUCUUGGUAAAUGUGAGUUAGUUGAGUUAGCGGCAAUGGAUCCAUCCAUUCCUGGGGAACUACAGCCCAUGUAGGAUCUUGGCCUGCCUCACCACUUCCUUCCACAAAGACCUAAUUAACUUAACUUAUGUUUUUCUUUUCCAUGCUUGGAUUUCCAACUGCUGUAGAUUCCCUCCACAUCAUCCAUCCAUCAAAGCCUAGGUCGACCUUUGACACCCUCUUCACUCCUCUGAAUAUUCACCCUGAACCUUGAUUUAGCUUUUUGAGUUGUUUAAUGUCAUAUGUAUCAGUAUCAGUAUUGUCAGUUUGUUGGGUACCCAAACUCCUGCAGAUUCUCUUUUAGAUAUUUUCUUUUGAUGCUGUCAUAGGCCAUUUUAUAGUCCACAAAGAGUUGAUGUACUGGGAUGUUAUAUUCAUAACAUUUCUCUAUAGGCAUCUGAUGGUGAACAUCUUAUCAGUCAUUGAUCUGUUUUGUCUGAAUCCAAAUUGGUAGUCACCUAGUAUUUGUUUAAUGUAUUUAUUUUUGUCAAUAUUUUGUAUGUAACAUUUAAUAGGGAAAUUGCUCUGUAGUUUGUACAUUGAAGUUUUGAACCUUUCUUGUGUAUUGGGGUUAUUAGUGCUCUUUACCAUUCUGUUGGAAUAUUCUCUUCUUGCCAAAUUUUAGCUAUAAGUUUAUGUGUCUGAGUGUGUAGUUAUCUUUCUCCCAUAUUCAAUAAGUUCUGCUGUAAUGAGGUCUUGGCCAGGGGCUUUCUGGUUUUUCAUGGAAUUGAUUACUUCUUUAGUGUCUCCAAAGUUGGGGAGUUUAUUAAAAGGGUGGUGGUUCAUAAUCUUCAUCAUAAAACAAUGUAUAGGCAAAGAAAAAUUUCAGACCAUACAUUACAAUGUAUGCAUUACUUAAUUACGUUUUCCCAUAUUUUAUUACUUGAAAAUAAUUAAUUUUAGAUUUUCUGUUUUAGCAAUAUUUAUCCUAUAAAAUUAACCCUCUCUAUUUUUAAUACACAAUCAAAUCAAGGUAAAAAUUAAUUAGCUACAGCAUAAAAUAAAAAAAUUAAUAAUAUAUAAUCAAUAAAUAAUAACUUGUAUCAAGCAUAAAAAUAUAUUAAAUAGAUGAUUAUUUGAAAUAUUUAUUUUUAUUUGAAGAAAAAAAAGCAAUGUAUUUUAAAAUUUAAUCCUAUCGUAAAUUGAAAAUAUUUCAAAUCUGUGAAGUGACUACAGUCUUCACACGUAUUUAAAUGUAGAAAACUUACAGAAUCUUACUGUUAACUAAAUAUAAUGUGGCAUUCAGAAUUGAAGCACUUACAAUCCUCUCACCCUUCAAUAAAAAUAUUCUGAUUUUAAUUUCUUUUGUUUUCCUGUUAUCAGUAUGAAUUCUAAGAUUUUCCUUUUACUACCGGUAUAUCAGAUUUUAAAAAUAAAAAAAACAAAAAAACAUGUUUCUCUCUUUCUCUACACAAAUGAUUUCCACUAUUUAACUAAUUUAAAUUAUUUUUUUUACAGGUCACAUCUGAUUCCAAACCUAAAAUCAUUGAUUUAGUUGACUGUACUGGAGCUGGAGAUGUGGACACAUCUGCUAUUGUCACGGCUGCUGAUGGUAUCAUUACAGGCUUGACAGGACGAACACUAAAUGUAUGGGUUAUUAUAAGUGAAUGUUUGGGUCAUUAUGAGUAGUGCUUUAUUUCAUUUAUUUUGGUUAUCCCUCUAACUGCCUCCAUCAUAUUAAAAUAUAUUUUGUAAUUGUUAAGGAUAUAUAUUUUUUUCAAUACUCUCUUCCUUAGAUUCCAAAAUCAUGGAACGUUCCUGAUGGAAAGUUUCAUAUUGGUGUCAAGGUGGCAUAUGAUUUAUACCCCAAACCCUUAAAAGAGAGAGUAACAACAGAAAAAAGAGAUAAGUUAUGGAGUCCACAACAAAGGGCGGCAUUGACCUCAGCUUUACGGGAACUUGAGAAGUUUGAUAAAGCUCACCCCAGCUGCACAUCUUUGGUGAGUGAAAAUAACUUUUUAACCUGUUUUAUAACCUGUUAUUUAAAUAAGAAAAUACUGCCUUAUUACUCACAAGGAAGUAAUUGUUUUCAUCUGUGAACAUUAAAGAUAUUUUAUCUUUGAAUGGGGUAUUCAAUGCAGUCAAAAAUACAGUGAGCUCAUUACAUAACAUGUUUGGCCCAUUAAAGUUUUAUAGUGACAGUGGUUUCAUUUUUAAUUUGUACAGGGGAAUCUUCUUUGUUAACUGAUGAAUACAAAUUGAAAAUUUUUAUCAAGAUGGCUGACAGAGCUCUAUUUACUUUGCUGUCUUAUAAAACAUGCAUUCUUCUAUAAAUUAAAGAUAAACAUUGAUUUCAGGAGGAUAAGACUCAACGUGAAGAUUUGCAGGCCCGAGUAGACAUUUUGAACUCUCUAGACAAAAAGUACACAGAACUUGGUGCAGUUUAUGACUGCAUUGUUUUUAACGAUGGAGAGAGAUGGAGGUGUGUAUGCUAAAUAUUGAUGGAGGAAUGUGCACUUGAAUAGACCAAAAUUUUCAUUUGUAAAAUAUAUAUUUAAUAACAUGAAAACAAAAUUUUUCAUUAUUUUUUUUUAAUGGUUUUUAAGAUAAUGUGAGAUUGAUUUUUUAAUUGUAGCUGCAAAUAUUCAAAUAACUGUUUCAAUAAAAUGUGUAGAAUCUGAGUUAAUGCAAAUAAGUUAGAUUCCCACUCACCCCAUCAUAUUUUAAAAACCUUUCUAUGCCAGAGGUUCCUCAUUUAUCAUAUGAUAAUAGUAAUUAUGAGAAUGUCACAUAUGAAAUGGUAAUAUUUUCCAACCAAACUUUCAGGGCAUGUAUUGACACUUCAGAAACAGGAGAUCUACAGGCGUGUAAAGUUCUUGCAAAUUAUAGAGAGUUCCAUGAAUAUGGGCAGUUUAGUCAACCUGGUAUGUAAAUACAUUAAAAUAUUUUGUUUUAAAUUAACAAAGCAUGUAAUAAUUCAAUCCUUUUUUAAAGUAAAAGCUUUAUUUGUAGUUUUAUAUAUAAAUAUUAUCUAAUGGUGUUAACAUCCAACAAAUAAUUAUAAUAAAUAUACAACAAGCUAAGUAAAUUUUUUACUAUUAUCUAUUUUUCUUGAUUGUGUUUAAGGAAACUGAUUAAAACACUAUAAAAAAUGACACAAUUUUAAAAUCAUUUUGUCUGAAAACCGGGCUGCUAUUUGCUGCUAUCAGCCAUUUCACCCCUUGUAGGUGUAUGACUUAUACAGAAUAAUUUUAGGAUUUGUUUUACAAAUCGUGCAAGGGACCAAAGGCACUGUUAUGUAUUGACCAUAAUCAUUGUUCAUGAUAUUCCUGUGUAUACUAAUGUAGCUCUGUUUACCCCCAAGAUAUGCUGACCUACUCUGUGAAUAUCUAUGAGGAUGGGAAUGUAUUGGAAAUUGUAACAAAUGCAGGUAAAUUCAGUCAGUUGUUGUACUUAAUAGAAAUUUAAAUCAUAAAUGAACUUGAAGCUAGGAACAUCUUUUCAACCCGACAUAGCUAUCCUUGGUUGGCCCUGUGAUGCAAUGGUAAGAUUGUCUGUCUCUUGACCAAGGGGGAGGGGGUACUAAUUUGUAAUGAGUUUUCCAGCUAUUGUUACAUUGCUGACUGUAAAAGAGCAAUUUUCUUACCAGAUUAUAUAAAUUUUAUUAUUUUUAGUAUAUUGUUAGAUUAUUAUCCACAUUAUGUCUUAUUGCUCAGUAUUUAUUAAAAAGUAUGACUAUGAUUUAUGGGCAUGAAAAAUAUGUAGCAUCUUUUUUCUUCAAAAGUCUGCACUCUGAAUCUUUAUUUGUCCUGCUUUAAAAUUCUUCAGGAGCCCAUGGGACUCAUGUAGCUUGUAUUGCUGCUGGAAAUUUCCCUGAAAAUCCUGAUAUGAAUGGCAUUGCUCCUGGGGCUCAAGUGAUAGGCCUCAAAAUUGGUGAUACAAGGCUUGGGUCCAUGGAGACAGGAACAGCCUUAGUUAGAGCUGUGAGUUAAGUUUUGUCCAGUAUUAUUUUUUGAAAAAGUUUUUGAAACACAUAGUCUUAACUUUAUUAAAAACCAAUGGGGCAUGAGUUACAAAUGUUUUUUUAGGAUAAAUAUUUUUUUCUCCACAAUUAUAUUGUGUACCUAAUGUUGACAGAUGAAAUACAUUAUGGACAACAAAGUGGAUCUUAUCAACUAUAGCUACGGAGAGGCUGCCCAAAUUUGUAACUCUGGGUACGAUAUUUUUUAUUUUAGUGCCAUAAUGAAUUAUUUAACAGUAAAAGUAAAGCAAAAACCAAAGUUUCAGGCCUUUUCUGUUUGACAUUAUUUUAAUAGAGUAAAUUACCAGUUUCGAUAUGACUUUUAAGCGAUUAGAUAAAUGGAUAGGUUGCCGUUUCAAUAAGAUCCUUUAUCACCUUUUACAUUCAAUAGUGCUACUUUGUUCAUAAAGGAUGCUACUGGAGUAUCUCAUAACAGCCUAUGACAUAUUUAUCUGAUUACAUAACAGCCUAUGACAUAUUUAUCUGAUUACAGCCUAUAUCUGAUUAUGAUUUUUAAUAAUUUUUGUAUUGCCCAAAUCUUUUAUUAGCCGUGUAAUCAACCUGAUAACUGAGGUAGUCAAUGAGAGAGGAGUUAUUUUUGUGUCCAGUGCCGGAAAUAAUGGACCUGCCAUUUCUACAGUGGGGACACCUGGUGGAACAACGUCAGCUGUCAUAGGCAAGGAAUGGCUAUUUGAAACAUAAUAUGUUAUCUAUUGUUAAAUUUGAAUGUAUGUUUGGUAUACAUAGAGAUUUCAGUAAUUAAAUACAUUAUUUUAUUAUGACCCAUGAUGUUUACUUUGUGAUUCUUAAAUAAUGUUUCUUGUGUUACCUGUAGCUGUCGGAGCCCACGUCACCCCUCAGAUGAUGAUGGCAGGCUACUCCAUGAGAGAGCCACUUCCAGCCAUGCACUACACAUGGUCAUCUCGAGGACCUGCGUAAGUCCACUGACAUAUUGAUUAAAUUUGGUCUGACAAGAAAUUUCUUACUGUGCUCAAAGUUAAAUAUUCAUAGAUGGUAGGAAAAUAAUUGUUCUAAAUUUAUUAACAAUUCACAUUGUUGUAUUGAAGGUAGGAAAAUUUGAGAAUGAAAGGCUGGAAAAUGAACUCUGGGCAAGACUCAGUUCCUCUUUAAAACAUGUUUACCUAUUGCGAGUUAUCAUGCAUGAGUGAGCUAGGGUUUCUGCAAUAAAUACUUAAUUGCUUAACUGUUUUUAGACUUUAAUAAAAGCUUUUGUAAACAAUUUUUUUCAAUUUUUGCUUUUAGUGCUCACUCAAAGUGAGCAAUUUAAAAAAAUUAAAUCUCUUAGGCUCAUGAGUCAUUGCUUUGUCAUUCAUGCAAGCAGAUGUAUAUUUUUUAAAAUUCCAGACAUGAUGGUGCACUUGGUGUGUGCAUCAGUGCACCAGGCGGGGCUAUAGCAUCUGUGCCAAAUUGGACCCUAAGGGGUUGUCAGCUCAUGAAUGGCACCAGCAUGAGCUCACCCAAUGCCUGUGGCUCAAUCGGUAAGACUAUGCUCGUUCAGUCAGUUUUGUACAGUUGUGCUUGCAUCUGUCGAUGUAGCAACUUUAACAAAAAUACGUCUUAUAUUUUCCUGGUUAUGGUAAUCAUAAGGUCCAGAUAGAUGAACUCAUUUUUUUUUAGAAGCAUUAAGGCAAACUGUUUAACAUUAAUCCCCUUCAUAUUUUGCAAAAACCAGAACCCAGGCCAAUAGCUAAAGUGAGACAAUUAAUUUUUCCUAAAGUUUUCAGGUUUAUCAAUGACUUUAUUUCCUACUUUAAUACCUACCACUUUCCAGCUUUAAUACUCUCUGGUUUAAAGGCUGGACAAGUCCACUUCUCACCAUUUAGUGUGAGGCGAGCCUUAGAAAAUACUGCUGCAAAAUUGGAUGAUGUAGAAGUUUUUGCUUUAGGGCAAGGACUUGUUCAGGUAAGUUAAAUACUUUUUAUGAAAGAAUUGCUAAGAACUAUUAACUUAUUCUAGUUUUUAACAAAAAAAUGUUUAUCAAAAGCUGUACACUUCAGAGCUUGUUUAGCCUUGAACAUUGCUUAAAUUAAUGGGUAGAGGAUUCAUCUCAAUAGGAAUAAUGUUCUAUAAAUUGCAUUUGAAUAUGCAUUCAAUCCUGUUCAGUAGAGCAAUUGUCUUUUUGUGGUUUGAGGGAGUUAGAAACAAAAAAUAUAAAUAAUUUAUAAUGUAGGAAAAAUAUUUAUUCCUUCUUCUUUUAUUUUUGUUUGUUUGGCUAAUGUUGUAACAGAUGCAGUGGAAUUGUUAUAUUUUACCUUUAACCCUAGUUAAGCAAAUCUUUUAGUGUUUAGCACAAAAUUAAUAUUAAUUAAAUUUAUGAUUGUAUAAUAAAAGCUCCAAAAAUAUUAGAAACCUCUGCUCUGUAAAAAAUUUUCUUAAAUUUCCUAUCAUUCUAAUAAUUAUUAUUUUGCAUUUCAAUUUACCAAUUGUUCAAGGUCGAGGCAGCUUACAACUAUUUAACCAAAAACCAGAAAAAUGUUGCAGAAAAUGUUCAGUUCACUGUGCAAUGCUCCGGGAGCAACAGGGGCAUCUAUCUCAGAGAGCUGCCACAGCUCACUAAACCAACGGAGGUCACAGUCUCUGUGGAGCCGUUGUUUGAAGAACAAACCGGUAGGCAUGUUGGUUUUAUUCUUAAAGACAUGGUAACAAAUAGGCGGAGACACACUUUUUCAUUCCUUGUCCCCUUAUAAAGAUGCGGAUACAUGGUCGAGAUUUAGUGAUGUCAUCCUUGAAAAGUUUUAAUUAUUUACCUAAGGAGGGCUGAGGUGCCAACAUCAACAUUCUUUAUGCACAAAUAUAAAAUGCAGCCCAUGCCACAUCAAACGUUUGUGUGUACCAUGAUACAAAUAGUUUUCUGGGUGGACCAUCGUACGAAUAGUUUUCAGAUUAGAAAUUCUAAAACUACUUUUAUAUCCCGUCUUUUGUAUCCAAGAUCUUAAGUUGAGGAAUUGUGUUCCUUCCCCUGAAAAGCAUUGCUCCCUAUUGUUAUUAUGGAAUAAUUGUUUAUUUGUGUUUGUUUAUAAUAAAUUGUUUCCCCUCAAUUUGUGCAGACCCAGCUACAAAGAUCUCAUUUAGUGUCAACUUCUGCCUGACCAGCACACAGUCAUGGGUUCAGUUUCCCAGCAGCUUCCUGCUCAUGAAUGCAAACAGAUCUUUCACUGUCAAAAUUGAUCCCAGGGGUCUGGCUGAAGGCAUUCAUUAUGCUGAGGUGAGAUUUCAAGUUUUUGAAAACAAGAUGAACAACAACAAAAAUGAAAACAUUUUUGGAGGUUUUAAAAAAAAUUGUUUGAUUUUUAUUAUCUAAAAUCAGUGAUUUUCAGACUGAUUGAGGCCCUUUGGGUUGGGUACAGUCAUUAAGUUAAAGCCUUCUCUUAAUGAUCUGAUAGCUGUUUUAACAUUUGUGUGUUUCACUUUUCUGAAUGAAUUAUCUAAACCCAACUAAGAUGAUAUCUACUUAUUUCAAUUUAUAUCUGAACUGUCAGAUCCGAGCAUUUGAGUCUGGCAAUGUGGAGAGGGGACCCUUAUUCCGUGUACCUGUCACAGUUAUCGUUCCAGUUCGGUGAGUACAAUUUGAGAAAAUUUAACCAACACUGAUCAUUCAUAUUUUUUGUUGUCUUUAAGAGUCACCAGUCAUGAUGUGAUUUUCACUAUCUGUGUAAUGCCAUGGUCUUAUUGACCUGUUCAGAUUAUAUUUGUAAUUAAUAAAGCAUUAAAAAAGCAGGAGCUAUGCCCCAUGGUAUGCUCAAGAGUAUACUGAAACCAAUUUUGUAGAAAAAUAAAUUUAUACACAUAUUUGGAACCCCAGACACCAUCUACUUUGAUAAUUUGAUUUGAUUGCAAUAUUGUUUCCUUUUGUUGCUAUUCACAACUUUUCUGCUUCAUCUUACAAACACACAUUUAUUUUCCAUAGUUAAUUUAGGAACUUUUCCAUACAUAUAUUAUGUUGACAGAAACAAAAGAAGGCUUUCUACCAAAACAUGUCAGUUUGUUUUUUUGUCUAACCCUAAUAGAGCAUCACACAGCAUGUUAAAAUGUAAACACAAAUCAGUUAUUGUUAAUAUCUUUAAGCUUCACCAAAAUGCCUCAUCACUUGUUACGGCUUGCGUGGUAGUUGACUAAAUGUUUCAUUUGAGCAUUAUGACCAAGCUUAUCAAAAUUUCACUCAUGUGUAAACAUUAUUUUCCCUCACCUUCAUAAUUAAUAAAUAUUGGUUUUCAUUUAAAUACAUGUGCCAUAUCUAAAAUGAUAGUGCAAGUUCAUCAACAAUUUUUAGAACAUUUAGAGUUUUAAAAUCAGAAAAUGUUUAUCUGAAUCCUGACUGGCAUUCUCAUUUUAACCACCCAAGCAUCAUAAUAAGGAAAACAGCUCCGUACACCAGUUCCUAGUCGUUUCAUCAAAACAUUUUGUUGCCAAAAACACCCAUAAGUAAAAAAUCUUUAGCUUGUGCACACAGCUUCCCACCUUGCCACAAAUGCCACCUUCAAAAGGAACAUUUGUGUCUGAAACGUCCACCCUCUGGAUUCCGUCUGUUGUUGAAGUGCUACCGCCACCAGAAGGUUGUCCCUUGCCCUGACUUUCUCUGCAACAGGUUGUUUGUGGUGGAAAUUGAUUAACAUUGAUUUCAGAUUUUUUUAUAAAGAAAAAAAAAACCAACAAAACAAAAAAACUGCAAUUGAGUGUUACUUGUUAAUUUAAGUUCUGAUUCUGAAACUAGACCAUGAUUGAGAUUUUAACCAUUAGCAGUUGUAUUUUUAUAUGGUUGUAUUUCAUUGCAUUAAUUUUAAAAUUAUUUUGUCUUCUUGAAGAAGCAUGGAUAUUGUUUUUUUCCCCUCACAUAAUUUUCCUGUUUAAUGCAAAAAAUAAAUGCAAGAUGCAAUGUUGACUAUUCCUUAAACACAUCCGCCACCUUCUACUUGACCUGCACACAGUCUUGGGUUCAGUCCUUUUCCAGUACACGUCAGGACCAAUAAUUUAAAGACAUUCUUAUCAUUGCUCUUUACUCAUCCAUCACUUAUACAUAGAUCUAUUAAAAUAAUAUCAAUCCAUUUCCUCUCAAGCUAUACAAAAUAUACACACAAAAAGGGAGAAAAAAAAAGGUCUGCUCCUACCAAAAUACGGCUGUUUCUGUUGUUUUUUAGGACUAAAAGAACACAAAGUCUUACAAAUAAUUGAUAUUUCUUGCGUCCACACAUUACUUUAAAAAAAUGAUGUAUCACUUAAUUAAUUAAAGACGUUUUUCCUUUUUAGAGGAAUUAAUGUUGGUUUAACACAAUUACUUUGAUUUUCAUCAAAGCUAUUCUCUUUUUUCAUGUAAUCUCCCUAGAACACACAUUUCUAUCAUGGAUCUGCUGACAUGUGCCACCUUCAAUUUAAAAAUAAAUUCCUAUAUGUCAAUUUUCAGGUUGGUGGACUUGACCAACUUUUCUAUCUCAACCUUGGGGCUAAACUUCAAACCCGGCCAGAUACACAGAAGAUUCAUACAUGUGCCAUAUGGCGCAUCAUAUGCUGGUAAACAAAUUUUAAUUAAGGACUCCUUCUCAACAAAACAGAAAUUAGUGACUAUAAAAAAUUAAAAUGUUAAUUUAUUAAAUGCGGAUUUAGUUUACCUAUCAUGGCAGUUGUAAAACCUAACCUUUUAUGAUCAAACUGAAAUUUUAAUUCAGUGUUGUUACUUAAACAGCAGAGGAACAGCCACGUGGUUGGGUUCAAAUAUUUCCUUUCUGGUUUCAGUCAGAAAAGACAACUAUCUGAAAUUGCUAGUUGAAAGAUUUUAAACAAAAACGUUGAAAAAUAUAAAUUUGUGACAUUAUUUAUUAGUUGCAAAUAUUAAACAUACCCUGUAUUACAUCAUAUCAGAAUCCAGGUUGAAAAAUUUCCAACGGGAGCAGUUCUGAUAAGGCUAAGAAGAACCUAAAACUAAAAUAACUUUAAUCUCCCCAAAAAUGUUUGCCUUGAAAUUAGAGAACUGUUCAGUUUCCCCAUCAUAAACUAGUCUUAUAGCCAAAAUUCUGAAAUGUUAUCUCCACGCCUUCACAUUGUUACUAAUUAAAUGCAUUAAAAAUAUAUAUCACACAAUGUAAUCUCAAUGUAAUUUCAACCUUGUUCUCAGUUUUAAAAAUUACUUCAUUGGACGUUGAGAAAAGUGGACGUUUCCUGAUUCAUACACUUCAGAUUUCACCCCAGACAGCAUACAAGGAUCACGAGUUUUCAAAGUUUGUCACCAUCAGUGAGAGAGGGGAAGGCUCUUAUGCUUUUUCUGUUUUAGUAAGUCACUCUCCUGGAUACGACCCUCUAAAACCUUUGGAUCACUUGAUUCUCUCCCCAGUUUCUAUUUUUUUGGUUGCAUUUAUAAUUUAUAACCUCUUCUGAGAAAGAAUAAAGAUUUCUUUUGUUAAAUUAUUAUUUUAAACAAACAUAACAAUGUUUAAUUUUCUUAUUGUUUCAACAUUUAGAAAAUUUACCCCAAACUUUUUCUUGUCAUGUAGAGAAAUUAUUAAAAGACAUGAGAUUUGAAUUUUCAGUUAUUAUUUCAUAUCACAUAUUUCAGUCCGGCUGUUAAAUCAGAUACAUAAGUAGCUUUGUGCAUAAUCUUGGUUUUUCAUUCAUUUAUCAUUGCAUCCCUCCCUUAUGACAUACUUUUCUUUUAAAUCUCACCCUCCUUUGCCCGUUUAUCUCAUGUUUUCUGCUGGGUUGUUUAUUACCACAGGGUGACUGUACAUUAGAACUGUGCGUGGCAAAAUGGUGGGCCAACCUCGGAGAUGUAUCACUGGAUAUAACUUUGUCAUUUUAUGGUGCACAGCUGGAACAUGGCUUACCUGUGAUGGUAUGUGGUGCAUUGGGAUCAAUGUUAACUCUAAGCCAUGCCAAGGAGCUCAGCUAUACAAUUGAUAAACUAUUAAUAGAUUUGUAAUUGUCAACCCACAGUUUGCACAAGAUACCCUAGACUUUUUUUUUGUUAAAAUGGUUGCUUAUUUUUAAAAUGCUAACCUGUCAUUGGUUUUUUAUUGAUUUAUUUUAUAGCAUGGUGGUGAAGGGAUUACCAGAUUUGAUAUUAUUUCACCAUUACGCACUGAAGAUCUCAACCCCAGUCUUUCAUUGAAGUCAGUGGUUUGUCCCUUGAGGUAAGAUAACCAGAUAAGGCUUAGGCGUACAUAAAGAUGCAUAUAUCUUGAUUUUAGAUAAAAGUGUUGUAAUGAGGCGGGGGCCCUAAUACUAGGCUGUAUUUAGACUUCGGUGAUGAGGUGGGGGCCCUAAAACUAGUCUGUAUUUAGACUUUGGUGCAGUGGGAAUUUUAUAAGUGCAUACUGAUUCAUUAUUGUCUUUUUUCCUCCCACUAAAAAUAUCUUUUUCCUCCCACUAAAAUAACUAAAUUAGGGGCAAGGCAACUAUUCUAGGAAGUAUGUAUACUGAUAGCAAAAAUAUCUCAACCAUCAAAUUUAAAAGACAGUAGCCAAUUACAUAAAGGACAAAAUGGAUAUAAAAUAAUGGGUAUAAAAUAAUGUCUAAACUGCUCAAUUCUCAAUGUAAAAUAACAUUUGUGUUAAAUGCUCAGUUCUAAAUGUAAAAUAACUGUUAUAUGCUUAAUUCUUAAGAGAAAAUAAGACUUUACAAUAAAUAGUUUAUUAAAAGGUAAUACAAUUUUUAUUUGCACAUUAAUUGGUUUAAAGUAAAAAAUUAUCUCAUUUCUACCUCCUAAAUGCUUGUGAAGUAAAAAGGCUGGGGCUAUAGUAGGAUGUUUUGUUAUUUUGCAGGCCAACAGAUCACAAGUUAAGAUGUUUGUCAACAGAAAGAGACCAGCUGAAGGAUGGCCGGCAAGUUCAUGCCAUUGAACUAACUUACUCAUUUCAUUUGGUGAGUAAAGGCAGUAGACUUUGACUUAAAGCAGCUGUUCUAAUUAAUAGAUUUAAAAUAAAACAUGAGCACUAAGACAUAUUUGAACUGUUAAGGCAGCUUUAAUAUAAAUAUCCCCCCCCCCCCUCCUCUUUUUUGUGUUUUGUUUUGUUUUGUAAAGUAGCAACAAAUCGAGCAAUAUAAAUGUUUCACAAUUUUGUAAGCUGGACCCAGGUGGAUUUCAAUUACUGAACCGUAUGCCACCAAGUAAAUAAGGGUCAGCCAUUUUCAGUAUAAUAUUUUUUUAAAAAUAUAUUGUUUUUUCUUGUUUUCUUUUGACAAGAAGCAAAUUACAUUAGAAAGAACGAUUUAUACAUAAUUAGAAUCUUGUAUGUUCAUCUUCAUCAUUUAUUCCUGAGAACCUGUUCACCUUUAAUAACUUCUUGCAUCUCAAUUCAUGGACAUUAUCCAUAUCUUUCAUUCAUGACGGUAUGGGGACAAUAUAUUUAACUUAGUGAUACAUUUAGCUCCCCAAAAAGCUACAUGGAUCAGCAAACCGCAGACAUCUGCACUCAAAUAUCAUUGUCGCCUUUUAUGUUAUUGUGCAUUUUCAAUUUUAGCCUAAAGCAACAGAAGUAACCCCAGACUGUGCCUUGCUCAGCGACAUGCUGUACACGUCAGAGUUUGAAAGCCAGAUGUGGAUCAUAUACGAUACCAACAAGCAGUUCAUUGCUGCUGGAGAUGCUUAUCCCAGCCGGGUGAGAUGAUUCACCUUACUUUGCUAGCCCAUAAGAAUCAUUACAAUUAACUUCUUAAUCUUGUUUGUACAAAUCAAGUCUUUUUAAUCACUUAGGUCCAAGCUUUUAUUAGUUUCCUAUUCCUUCAAAAUGUGAUGUUGAGAAUUUUUUUAAACAUAAAAGCAUUUAAAUAUUUGAUUAAAGUAGUAUCUUUAAAAACAUUUUUUUUUUAUGACAAAAAGAGCUAGAUAUCUAAAUUUAAAUUUUAAUCAUUUUGUCUUUUUUUAUCAAAAUUUAAAGAUGUUUUAAUUUAUCCUAGUCAUUUGACAUUCAUUGUUUGACUUCAGGACUAUUUCCUCAUUGUUUUGUUUUCAGUACGUAACCAAGCUGGAGAAGAAUGAUUUCAUAAUCCUCUUGCAAGUCCGUCAUGAGAAGCGGGAGAUGCUCGAGAAGCUGAAGGAUGUGAUUCUUCUGGUCAAGAUGAAGCUUUCAUCCCCCUUGAAUCUUGACCUUUACCCCACCUGGCAAGCCGCUGUGACUGGGGGCAAGAAACUGGGCGCGCUCACCAUACAUAAGGGUCUGAGACAGCCCAUGUUUGUAACACAUUUACCUGAAGAUAAGUAAGUGUUGGUGUUAGUCUUUGAAUUUAACUCUAAAGAAGAUGUAGUUUAAAGUAAACAGAGUCACAUUCAGGGUAGUUAACAUAGCGUAACUUAAUAAAUGAUCUCACAACCUAUAAGGCAUUGAAAGUAGAGAUUCAUUUUGAAAAUCUAAAUGGCUAUUGACAACCACCUGACUUGUUUCCUCCAACCCUCGAACAGACUGCCUAAAGGCUGUGGACCAGGUUGGUAUUUUACUGGUCACCUCACACUUGCUAAAGAUGAACCAGGGAAAACAAAGGUGAGUCUUCACAUGAUUACCACUGGCAUAGAAAGGGGAGCUUUUUUACAGAUCCAUCGGGGAUUGCAAGAUCCCUUAAGCUUAUCUUUUUGUAUAUGUCAUUGGUACCUUUAUAAAUCUAAAGGAGUUUUUUUUUUUUCUUUUUAAGUCCUGGGGGGUACUGUUGUGUUUUUAACAUUAUUGAGUGAUUUCUUGUUUAAAUUGUGAAAAGAAUUACUAAUACAUGUGUGAAAAGUUUUAAAAUUGCUAAAAAAUUUAUUUCCUGCCAUUUAUUAGUUUUCAAAUUUAAAAAAAAAAUCUUUUCAUAUUUGUUAUUGUGUCUGACUUAACAAUUAAUUACCCCUGGUCCUACCACCUUCCUGUGUUGUAACGUAUCUAAAUUACAGUGUACUGAAACUUGUUGCAUGUUUAAGACCCAGUCCUUUAGGCCAAUGACAACUGAUCCAAUCUUUCAGAGUGGAUCAAGGUUCAAGUAUUUUGUCUCUGAGUCAGCCUCAAAGGGUAAAGGUAAUGGGAAGAGAAAGGAGAAAGAAAGCAGCAAAGAUAAAGAUGCAGGCAAGGAGUCCUCUGGAAAAUUCUCAGUUGAAAGUAUGAAUGAUGCCAUCAGAGAUCUCAAAAUCUCAUGGAUUUCAAAGUUGGUACCAAAGUGCAAAGAUUUAAAUUUUGGACCUCUAAGUAUUAUAAGUAGAAUUUAUUUUAAAUCUUAAAUUGAAACAUUCACUGAGGUCUUGCAUUUUAUAAGUUAUUUGUUACAGCAGUAAUUUAUAUAACAUUAAGAAAAAUAAUUUAAAAAAUAGAAGUUUUUGCUCAUUUUUGUUUUACAUUUCUUUACCGUACUUCUCAAUUCCAUGGUUUUUUUUUCUCAUUGAUUUACAAUAUGAAAAUUACACUGCUUUAGAUAUACUUAAUUCUGUUAAUAUAGAGUCAUUCAAUUGUACAUUAUUUGUUUCUGUGAAUGUACAGUCAUACAGCUGUACAUUAUUUGUAUGAAAAAAUACAACUAAACUCAUAUAGCAGUUAUAACACAUAAUAGUUUCAAUUCUUAAUAAAUAUUUACUGCAUUGCAAAAUUUAGCAUUGCCAGUCUUUAUUUUGUAAAAUUCCUAAUUCACUCAUUAUCAGUUAAUGAUAAAUUUCCUGAUUUUAUUUUCUGUCGCUACUUAAAAAUAUCAUAGUACAGAUCUUUUUUUUUCUUUUGAGCUACACAAUAUUCAAGUGUUUUUUGUAUUUUUUUAUAAUGUAUCAAUUUGAAUUCUCCAGGCCACCUUUAUCAGCCACUCAAACUGUCUAUGAUGAGCUGAGAAAAGAAUUCCCUACACAUGUACCUGUGUUGAUAUCCAGGAUGAAUGCACUGGAAGCUGUGGAUGUUGUAAGUUCUCUGCCGAGUCUGUGUAAACAAACUUUAAACAGUAUAGUUUCAUAGGUCAUGUUAUGAGCUCUGUUUUGAACACAUACAGUUUGGGGUUUUGAAAUACAUUUAUAUUGGCAGAGGAAAAAAAAACUUUAAAUAAAAUAUAUAUAAUUGAAAUAGAAUCUAAUACAUGUUCAAAGACAUUGCAGACACAUAAUAUGUGGGGGACUGGGUGAGAACAUUCUAAUCUUGGCAUUGUGCACUAUGAACAAUAAACUAGGGUCUUUACUUAUCAAGUAAUUAUCCACUAUUCCAAGUGAGCUCGAUAUGGCUGAAUUGGGCUCCUCAUUUUGUAUUGAAUUUUUUUUUUCCUUUGGUCAAUUCUGCAUUUUUAUACCUUUUAUUUUAAAAUUACACUAAUCUUCAAAAUGUAAUUUAAAUACUACAUGUAAUAUUCCCUUGUUUAAAAUAAACUUUAAAGAAUCUAUGAAUUUCUUUCGUUUCCAAUUCAAAUUCUUCCACAUUAUUGUUAAUAUUUAUUGCUUAUAUAUUUCCCAUUGUUAUCUCAUACUUUUCAGAAUAACAUCGAGAAUUUAAAAGAGAUAAUUGCUUUAGGAAAUGAAGCUCUCACAUUAAUAGAUACAGAAGGUCUGCUGGGAUACUUUGGCAUGAAGACAGACACCAGGGCCGACUCAGCCACUAUCAAGAGGUAAGCAAGGUGUCUUUAUGUAGCACUCAUAGACUUGAUCUAUUAAUGUAGAAGUGAGGCUUGCAAACAGAGAAGGAGGGUACAAAAUUUAGCUGCACUAACUAUAAAAGAGUUAUAAUUAAAAAAUGUAACAGAAUUAAAAAAUAUAACAGUUGAUAUUCAUAUAUAGAUGGUCUCUCCCCCCCCCCCCCCCUCCCCCCCACUAUGAUUGAAUGUUCAGUUAAAUUCAUAUUUAUAAAUGCAUAAUAUAAUUAUGACGCUAAAAGAUAUUAUUGAGUUUAUAACUUUCAUUUGUUAUAGUUGUUCAGUACCAUACCUUUCCACAAGUUAUUUUUCGGUUGUCAUUUUUUUUUCUGAUAUAUUAAAUAAUCAGUGCAGUUGAUUUUAAAGUCUCAAGAUUUGGCCUCUUUGUUAAACAAUUCUUGCUAUUUUGGCCUUAUGCCUAAAUUUGUGCAGGUUAUUAAAUUUUCUGCCUUACUUCAGUUGGCUUUUAAGGUUUUGUAUUUUCAUUCCCUUCCUUUUUUUUUGUUUUGUUAUGACAUUUAACUUUAUUUACAUUACUGAAAAUUCAUUUCAAUUUGAAAUUUAAAAGUCUGUUAAGAUAUAUGUUUGUAUUCAUUCAUCACUUUUUUUUUUUACAUUUUAAAAAUUGAUUUUUAUUUUAUAAUAUUACACUAUAAAAGUUUUCAUAGGCCUAUUCAUUUAAACAUUUUUCCACUUACGAAACAAUUUCAUCAAUUUGUUUGUAAUGUUUGUAACAUCACAAACGGUUGUGCCUUGGCUGGACACAAAAUGUUUUUAUCAUUAAACUUUCAUUUGUAAAAUUAAAUUUAAUGACUUCUAAAGUCACAGUGACCACAAAUAACAAGUAGAUUAUUUUUGUAAAGCAUUCAUUCAAGAUUGUGAGUAAGCAAAUUUUCGUUAAAAACAUUUAUAUUUAGAGAACUAAUGUCACUGCACAUUUUGAUUGCCCAGAUUUGGUGAAAUUUUGUUAAAAAUCUUUUGUGUUGCUAUAAAGAUAACUGAUUGGAAUGUUUAAAUAUACAUUUUUUUUAAUGUUUAAAAAAAAGCACAAUACAAAGAAAACCAGUGAUGGCUCUUUUUCUUACAAUGAACAAUUUCUUACAUCUAUUACCAGUAAAAUAAUUUUAGUGCUUUACAUUUGUUCCACAUAUAUUCUACUUUAAUGUCAGUCAUUGUAUUUUUUUUCAUUUUGGUGUUUUUUUGUUGUUUUUUUGUGUUCAGUGCAUGUUUGUUUGCUAGCAAAAAAAAUAACAGAUGUAGAUUAAAAAUAGAGAAAAGUAAUUUUAUUAAGAAAAAUGAAAGAUAGCAAAAUUAAUUUGUAUCUUAGAAACUGAUGCUCUGUAUUCCUUUGUUCAUCUCCUGUAGGUAGGUUAUCAAAUAUCAUGCAGACGUUAUAAAUAGUAUUUAUUAUUUUGGAAUUAACUUCUGUAGGUGCGGAACUAAAUAUUGGCUUUCAAAGAAUUCAUCACAAAAAGAUUGCCAUUGAAAAAUGAACCACUGUUCAGUAUAUUUUAUUUAAAGUUUUUAUUAAAGUUGCAGAUUAAAGAUUUUUACUGAGUUUUAAAUAAAAUAAAACUAAUUUAAAAAAAAAAUAUUUUCCUUAGUCUUACCUUUUGUAUCAUAGUCAAAAACAUUGUUACACAGUUUUAAUUCUCUUUUUUAAAUUUUUUAUUCUAAGCUCUCUAAAGGCAUUUGACUUCUACGUCUACUAAAUUCUAGUGUUAAUAAAAAUUAAUUUUCCCUAAUAUUCUCUACUGCUAAAGAUGAUAUCCACAAAUCUAACUUAAAAUAUGUAAAAUAAAAUUGUAUAAAUACUACAUUGAUAAAAUAAAUGUUAAAAAUAAUAAUAUAAUAUUGGAAAUAAUAAUUGCUGACAAAGAAUUAGUGUAAAUGGUUUUCCAAUGAAAUUACACCAAAAAUUUAUUGGAUCCCAUUAAAAAUAUUGUGUUUCCCUUUUGCAGUGACAUGGAGAAGAAAAAAAACUGGCUCAUCGACACCUUAGUUAAAGUUGGUGUGGCUCAGGCUGACAUCAUUUUACAGAAACGGUCAGCAGGAGAUGGGCAGGGUGAUAUCACAGCAGAGGAUGUCAACAAAACAUUCAGUGAACUCAGCAAGUGGACCGAUGUGUCUGAAAACAAAGUAGGGGCAUUUGGAUGACCGGCCGCUUAAUAUGUUUAAUGUUCUUAAUCUUUGUUUAAUGUGCCUAAAAUUUAUGUUGUUACAAAAUUUACAUAAUUAGGCCUUUUGUAUGCAGCUAUCAUAUUAUUUUUCAUUAUCAAGCAGAUCCUUUUUAAAUUCAUACUAAAUUAUGAAAUGUGCUUUAUAAUGUCUUAGAAAAUACCAAUUUUUUAAAUUAGAUUUUGGGAAGGAGGUGUAGCUAUAUAUUGGGAAAAGUAAGAUUAAGUGUUAGAAAAUUGUAUUAUUAGGGGCUCAAUCAUACUAUGCCAGUUAUUCCUUCUGGCUUGAAAUGAAAUCUAGAAUAGUUCAAACAGAAUUGAUACCUAGUCAGACUAGUGUUUUUUUCUAAUGAACAAGACAAAAAAAGUUAAGGGGCCCACUAACACAAGAAAUUAACUAAUGCCUAUUUCAGCAAACUUUCCCCUUUGCUUGGCGGCAUGCCUCUGUCAUGCUACACUUCGGGAGGGCUCUAAAGAUGAUCAUGAAACAACAAGAAGAGAAACACACGA